AUGGAUACAACUCCUGUUAAGUUCUAUAGUUUGAACCUACCGGGGAUCCUGUUGGCCAAAACUCCACCCGGCAAUACUGUGGAAGUGAAGCGAGAACCCGGUCAAACUGGGACAACCAUUUUUGUGCGUAACAAUCGUGUGUUGUUGAUCUACGAACUGACGAAUGGCAGCUGGAAAGAGGUGCAUACAGAUGAAAAGUUCUUCUCCGUACCCAACGACAACGCGAAUUAUCCUUGGGCAGUAUACGAAGGUGGCUUACUGGCGGUACGCAAGACCAAGGGAAUUGUCGUGUACAAGUGGAGUCGUGUACAAGUGGAGUUGAAGCAGCAGCUCGUAGCUUUGCAAUAUCACGACGAAUAUGGAUACGGUUCCUCUGAGAACACGAUCCUGUUUGGGAAGAUAUUUCCUUCCGAGAAGUACAUUGGUAUCGUUUCACGAUUGAGCUCGACGGUGGAGUUCCGUUCGAUCGAUCCAGGUGCAUCUCGCAAGCCGGUAAGAUCGCUGAAAAAGGCACUCAACCUGGAUCCGGCAUGGACGGAUCCCGCAAGUACGAUAUCGUUAGUCGAGCGGUACGACAGCAAGACGCAGGUAUCGAUUGCGCUGCGUACAGCAUCUGAGCUAAAGCUGUUCCGUUUCAACGAUCUGUACGAGCUUAAGGAGUUGGCAACUGUUAAAGAGCUCCCUCCGUUGGAUCGCGAAUACGAUAAGAUUAUGUUCGUGAAGUUCGAUAACGCUAAAAUCAAUGAUUUGCUGCACUUUUCAACGCAAGGUUUGACGAUGUACCGUCGCAACGAAGGAUCUGGAGUGUUCGAAAAGGUUUACUACUCGACGGUGUUUUCGAAGCUACGAGGCUGGAACAGGCGUACCAUAGAAACGAUCUCACCAGUCGACAUCGAUGGUGACAAGCUGGAUGAGUUGAUAUGUUCCGGACCGAAAGGAUUAUGCUUGUACCGUCCGGUGUUCACCGAUGAUGGUUUCGAUCUGGUUAACAUCUUCGACGAAACGAUUGAGGACCACACAAUGCGCUAUGGACUUCCGCGGCUUGUGACAAAGGAUGUGUGCAAUGAUACAUACAAUCUACUGCUCUUUACCGGAAAGAAUCUUGUCAGUGUGCAAACGAAACUUUUCACCCCUCAAUCGAACGCGAUUCCGACCGUGGAGGAGGUUUCAGACAAACCCAAUCCGAUCGUGCCUAUAGUUGUGCCUCAGAAGAAGUACAACGUAUGGCUGCAUGAUCAGCUCGAUUUGAACAACAUGCUGCAGCCGUUGAACCCUCAUGCGGGCACAGUGGAACUAAGCAUCCCGUUGAUUGAGUUACCCAAUUCGUUCGGUGUGAGCGUACGUAAAUUUUUUCAGUAUAAAAACAUCCCCUUUGAGAGUUUCUUCGGCCAAGGAUGGUCCCUAGCACUGGACUAUAUCAGUGUAGAACGCAAGAACAGUGUCUUCGCGCAGGACCAUGAUUAUGCGAUUUUGAAGAACAACAACCGCAUCCUGUUGAAACGGUACCAACAGUGGGAUUCUGUUUUCCAUUGGGAGUUCCGUAUCGAAGGGUACAAGGCAGCAAGGAUCAAGUACUUCUAUGACAAGGAGCGCUGGGAAAUGAGUGUAGAAGACCGCACGCUUGUCUACGGUACUUGGGGACAGCUGAGCAAAAUACGCCAGGAACAAGUCUGCGCAACAUGGCCACUGUGCGGUGAUAAAUCGGACAAAGUCAAAAACUUGCCAACACGGUGGUAUCUGGUGCACGAAGAGAAUAAUUAUGGUCCCUGCGCCAAUUACUUUUACGAUGAGAUGGAUGCGCAAAAGGGCGACCGUUUAUCUCGUAUCGAGUUAGAUAGUGGAUCAAGCGUUGCGCUGAAGUAUUCCGACAAGAACAUGCUGACUAGUUUCAGUGUAAACACGACAAGCUACGAGCAGAAUGUGUUUUUCGAAUAUAAAGAUAACUUUCUGACCCACAUAAGGCAGGACGACAGCACGUUGUUUAGGUUCGAGUAUAAGAAUCAACGCAUGUCUAAGAUCGUCUACCCGAAUAGUCUUGAGACGACUUUGGAGUAUAGUGACAUGGCGAUCGAUAGGGAGCGCUUCCAGGAGAUAAUUCCGGUCGAUUUGAGUCCAACGAUUUACUAUGGUCCCGACUACACCGUCAUUAUGGACAAGGAGUACGAAGACGAUCGCAUGGUGAUCAGCAUUCGCAAUCUUCUCGGCGGAACAGACGGUCCGAAGGUGACCAAAAGCAAGUUAUACUUCGGGCAACCGGGAAUAAAAAGCCACAUGAUACACGCGAUCGAAAAUCUAAUGGUCAUCGUACUCAUUUAUGGCUCACACAAGGAAGUUUCCAUUCUGCAGUUUACCAACGAUGGUUGGAUCGAGAAAGAGUACCACGGUGAGUUGCCUUUGGACGCUGUUGUUGGUGUCGGGGCACGAUUUGUAGCACUGUGCGAUCUUAAGAACCUGCGCGUUUUAACCAUCAACCAUCAGGGGAAGCUGAUCAGCACGGAAGUGAAGAAGACGGUACCGAAAAACUUUUUACUGUACGCCUUCGUGAACGGGUUUGUGUUCUACGGUGAUGAUAUCGGUGUAUGGACCUUGGGUUACCGGGACACGUGGAACAAGGGCUCAACGCCAAAGCCAACCGAUAUCUUUGCGGACAUCGAAAAGAUGAUCACAUCGUUCAACGUCAAUGCAGAGUUUCGUACCGCGGUGCGCAAAGGAUUCUUAGCUGACGCGAUGAUUGUGCAUCAGAAUGCGAUCGUUUUGCGUGUGCCGGUACUAACCAACCAAGUCCUUGAGCUGAAGGUCAUUUUUCUGAUCAUGAACUACGAUCGCAUCCCAAAGGUAGUGUCAACCCAAGAGGUGCGCAUUCCGAUAGCGAACUUCAAAACAUACGAGUACGACGUGCCGACAAAGGAUGGUGACGUUUUCAAAAUGCACUACGUGCAGGAGAACAAGAAGCUGAUCCUCAAGCUGAAAAGCAUGAAAGGUCCGCUGGCAGAGUCGCUCGAGGAGCAGAGACAGAAAUCUUACAAACAGAUCAACGACAGUAAAGAGAAAGCGGACAAGAAAGCGAAAUAUAAGAAGGAAGUUGAUGAAAAAAUCGCCGAAGAAGAGGGCAACAUACGCCGUACGGUUAUCGACAAGAUCCAGUUCGCGAUGGAUUUGUCACAGUUUGGUGUGCUCUCGAAUCAGCACGGUAUCGUGACGGGUAACAAGCAGCUGACUUACGAUGGUAAAACAUGGAUGCAAACCACGGUUGGGCCGGAAACGAUGCGCAUGGAACAAGUCGACCAGAUGUUAGGCGAGGGCUUUAGAUUGGUCAAAAAUGGUGCGGAAGAUACGUUCAAGGUGUUCGAGAUGCCGCAAAACAAACUGGCUUAUGAUACACAAACGAACAACCCGCAGGAGAUACAGAUCGUAGCGCCAAGGUACAUUCAGGCGCAACCUGCGAAGAAACCGCUACGCUUGUUUUUCUUCAAGACCAAGGAAAUCGUACAGUUGCCAGUGAACGAGACUCUAGUACGCGCCAGCAACACGAUCGCGGUGGUGACGGUACACCAUGUAAACGAAACGAGCAAAUUUACGCUCUUCCGUCCGGUGAAUUCAUUUCUGCUGAAGCAGACGACUCUGUUCACUAAGCAGAAGGUACAACUGGCCCCGGACGAGACGCGCACGACAGCGUAUAUCUAUGAUGUCAAGGAUGUGCACCUUUCUAGCGAGGGUGCUAUGUUCUACCGGAUGAAGGUGUCGCCUGGGGAUGACACGAAGCGUUACGGUUGGUACGAACGGAUGACCGAUCCUCAUACAGGUGUAACGACGAGAAAAUCCUUUGCAUAUGAUGGGACGGACGUUACGGUGCGCGAAAAGAAAAAACAUUCCAAUUCGGAGGUGAAGGAUCUGCAUCGCACAAUACGGGAUAAGAGCAGGCAGUUGAAAAUCGUCGAUCUGGGCUCGCUGAAGCUAAGCGAUGAGGUUGCUUCGUAUUACGGCUUCGAGCAGUAUGAGGUGAAUUUGUAUGGAAAAGACAAGAAAUGGUUAUUUGACGAAAAGCAAGUACAAUCAGAGCAUAAGCAUGAUAGCAAUCGCUAUCUGAAGCUGACAGCAGGAUCUUCACUGAAGGCAACCUUUUCGCCAAAAGAACCACGUAAUUUGUGGAUCGUUUCGUUUUGGGUUCGAUCGGUAAAACCAUUGAAAGAGGGAGAUCUGUUCAAUGGGGUUAAGAUUGAUCUCAACAAUGCACAAAACAAUAGCCUACAAACAGUGAGUGGUGCUAAAGUGCAGCACAUCACCGCGAAUUGGUGUUACGUGGAGCUGAUUGUUGAUACCACAAAAACACCUGAAGACACAAAAUUGACGUUUGACGUCACCAUAGAGCCAACUGCUUCUGAGACGAGCAUCGAUGUGGAUCAUGUGAGAUUUUCACCAUUGGAUUUGAAUUUCCGAGCCAACGUCUACACACCAAUUACUGCGGAGAUGCGAGCGAUGUUGAACAACAAUGGUAUGAUGAAGCAAAGUCUGUACAGUCCAACUGGCCGACGAGUCGCGCUACUAUCUGAGAACGGCCAGGUGAUCGAUUUUGCGAUGCACUCGAAGACUGCUUAUGCUGCCCGCGUAAAGGCAAGAUACUGUUUGGUGGAGAUGAAACCCCGAGAAGGCGAGUACGAUACGUUCAAUGCCGCUCACUGGAAGACAAAUCAACCUUCGGAGUGGCAAAUUACAUAUGGCGUGCUUGAAUAUAAGAACGAUCGCGCUGAUAAGCGGGGUGAUAUUGUGCGUACGUUCGAUCAACCGUUCGAAUCGAUCGCGUUACGUUUUCUCUAUCGAUUCCAAUCCGGCAACAGCAAACUGGCAAUCAAAUGGAACUCGCAAGAAGUCGGUAUCAUAUGCUCGCCAGGUACCGCGUCUUGUCCAAGACCGCCAAACAUGGGAGAGGUGUUGAUAUUCAUUACGGCACUGCGUGUUUCGGUGUGGCUCGAAGGACAUCUCCUCAGUGAGAGACUGCUCAAGCCACCGGGCAGCAUGAACCGCAACGAGUUCCGGUUGCUCCCGACGGGAAGCUUCGAGAUUACCGAAUUCUUGGUCAUGUACGAUUCGCGUGUAAAAGUUACACAUCACAACCUGAUGGGCCGACCAGUCCAGGUGGUUGAGUACGACGACCCAAAGACGGUACGCGUGCGAGAGAUCGUCUAUGAUAACAUCGAUCGUCCGACGAUGCACACGAAAUGGACCAAACUCGCUUCGACUGAGCGGAAGGAGUUUUUUGGAUUUUACGAAAACUUUAUCACGCAAAUUUUCGGCUCCAGCAACGAGAUGCAUGGUAUGGUGGCAAAUGCACACCCGUCCUGUGAGGGCUAUCCCUACUCGCACACGAUUUACGCAAAUGAUCCAACGGAAAACAAGCAGUUCCAAGGAUUACCGGGCAAGGAGUACACGGUUACGGGCAAGUACAAGCGCCGGUACGCGAUGAGGUCAGAGAUACCGAUGCUCUCGAUUUUGUUCCCCGAAGCGGAUGGCUAUCGGCAGAAGGUUAUCGAACGGCCAGGUGGAGCAAUUCGCGUUACUGUGGAAGAUGAACGUGGGAAUAAGGUUGCGAAGUACUCGCAGGUGGGGAACUACGAACACCGACUGACCACUUACCGGUACUCCGACAGCUACGGUUACCUGUAUGAGGUGCUUCCGCCGCAGUACCAUUUACAAGCGAAAACCUAUUCCAGAACGAGACCAUUUAAUACCGCAGGUAUCACUCCCGAAGAAGCCCGAUUUAAGGAUCAGUGGGAAGUUAGGUAUCUGGAGGACGAGGGCAAAAUUCUUUUUAAACGCACCCCAGACGGUGGCAGCUACGAGUACGUUUACACCGAAUCGGGUAUCCUGCGGUACUCGCUGCAUUUCAACUCGCCGGACUCGAAGAACUUGGACCGGGUGAUCCAUUUUACGUACGCUUCCAAUGGAAAGGUGAUGCGCGAGGCGUUGGUCAAUCUUACGCGCGAACGUUGUUACGAACUUGCGGAAUCGAACGAAGCUCCGGAAUCGGACAAUUUGAUCGAGACCUUUUACGGUGAGGUGGAGACAAACCCGCUCGUACGCUAUCGUUCGCAGCAGUCCACCCGAAGAAUAGCCAACAACCAAAUGAUCGAGAGUUUGAUUUUCAACGAGCAUGAGAAGGUUAUUAAAAAGAUUUUCGUCGUUCCGACGAUCAACACUACGUACUCGAUCGAUUACGAGUAUGAAAAUGGAAAUUUACACUCCCUUAAAUACCCGGUGGAUUCCCCUACGUCGUCCUUCAGCUUGGUGUACGAUUACAAUGGCCAUGGAGAGGUAAAGUCUAUCAGAGAACUGACAAAACGUGAUCCAAUGUUUGAGUUUACCUACAACGCCGACGGCAUGGUGGAGACGAUGAAGGUACGAACGGACGCCAACCAUGCGUUCCAGCGGAACUUCACAUACAAUGAGCCCGGGUUUUUGGUGAAGCUCGAAGACGAUUAUUUGAGCGAGACCGUGAGCUACGUUGAAACCGACUCAUAUGGGCAGGAUUCCUACACACCCAUAUAUGAGGGUCUCAUAUCGAAGACGUCCUUCACCGCGCACUGGCAGAAGUCGGCGAGUCCGCUCCGUAACGGCAUCUAUCCGGACUAUUUCAUCUCGAAAGACAUGGAUGCAAAGCGGGCCUUGCUGUGUCAUGGAGAACUCAAACGCACCGGAUACCUAGACGAAAACAAUCUGGUCAAUAGAACGUUUUACGGCGAACGAGAUGAUGAUUUGCCUUUCGUCUGUGGGAAUCGCAUUCCACUGAACCACCUGUCGGAGGUGUUGAGUAGCAGAAGCUUCCCGUACGAGUAUGGUCAUCGGUAUGAUUAUGAUGAUCAUGAUCAGUUGAUCAAGGCGAAGUAUUUCCACGGACUGGAUGAAUUGCAGUUGUUGCCGUUGACACACCGUACGUUCUCCAAGGAGAUUACCGGAAUAAAUGAAGCGACAUCGACGAAAAUUUGGGAUGUCCUGCGAAAGGAACAGUUCCUCACGAUGGACUGCACCAAUCCCAAUCUCUGCCAUGGGCGCGAAGGGACACGACCCGUGUUUGCCGAUUUCAUACAACAGCAUCCUUUCAGUCACCAUCUGAAAACUAUGCUGAUCAAAGCGGUCGCAGAACGGAAAGCUCUAACUACGAACGCUCUGGAGGCGAUGUGCAAACGGUGGGUCAAAGGUUCCAACAUGAUAGCGAAAACGUGUGCAGAUGUCAAGGCAGCAUUGGAAACGCGAAAGAUCCUUGACAAUAGUGCUGAUAGUCCGCUUGCAGCACUAAGCGACACGUUUAAGGAUGCGUUGAAAAGUUACAAGAACAACAUACCAGACAUUGUCCGAGUGCUUGGUCAUCACUUUACCACGGCUCUCGGACGUUCCGCCGGAGACGUGCAGUCGUACGAGAUCGAUGCGAACGGAAAUCACAAGAAGUUUUACACGGGCUUCUCCCGGUAUCGCUUGGAAUAUCGCGAGGGAACAAAUCAGAUCACGAAGCUACAUCGGCAGUACUUUGAUCGUGAACAACGCACCGAAGAUCACUUCAACCUCGAGCACAACAGCGAUGGAGCUGUGGUGAAGGCGGAACACAAAGGCAUCAAGAGCAUGGAGUACGACAGGAUUCUGCACCGAGUCAACAAGAUAGAGAUGAACGAUGGACGGAAGUUGUUGUACCAGUACGAUGUACGAUCAGAGCGCACCUUCAAACAGGUACUGGACAAGGACGAAUCAGUGCUGAGCGAAAAGUACUACAUCCGUGAUGCGAACGGCAUCGUCCUGGUGGAUAUGGAUAUGACCUAUCUGGCCAAGGACCAACCACCGGAUGUGCGCGUGACAAGUUACAUCUAUAAGGAUCAGCAGCUCGUCGGGUUCCUACGCAACGACAAGCUGUAUGGAGUGAUCACGGACCACGAAGGAUCAGUUCGGCUGGUAGUGCGUGACGGUGAAGUAGUCGCAGCAUACGACUAUCUACCAUAUGGGCAGAUUUUCAGACGUUUCGGGACGGAUCUCGACGGACAGAUCGCGUACCUAUACACCGGCCAGGAAUGGGAACCCGAGACCGGGUUGUACAACUAUCGCGCUCGCUUGUACGAUCCCGACAUUGGACGAUUCUACCAGAUGGACCCCAAGGAGCAAUACCCGAGCCCGUACGUGUACGCUGGCAACUCACCGGUAGCACUGGUAGACCCAGAUGGAGAAUUUGCCUUCGCAUUGACGGUCCUCAUCAUGGCUUUAGUGGGUGCGUACUUGGGAGCUGCAACUGCUAACAACUGUUGGAAUCCUCUGAAGUGGGAUUGGAAAUCUUCCUCCACUUGGCUGGGAAUGUUGACUGGUGCAGUGACGGGUGCGUCUAUACCUUUCAACAUGGCCAGCUCGGUGGCAUUUUUCAUGGGAAUGGGGCUAUCACUGAGCACUUCCAUCGCAAUUAUGGUAGGCACUGGUAUCACGUUCGCGUACUUCACCAUGGCGGCCAGCAGUGGCACCUGGGAUCCAACGAAGUUUGAUUAUACCAGCCCUGGAACAUGGAACGCGUUGAUGAAUGGCGUUGCAACAUCGUCCUGGAUUCUUAUGAAUCCCUCAUCGCUCAUCAGCUCGUUUGUGUCGAUCACCUCGCUGGGCGCGAAGGCUCUAUUUUUUGUUGCUAAACUUACGAUGAGCCUUGGGUUUACGUAUUUGUUUGCCGCACUUUCCCAAGGCGGCGAGUUCGACGUUACGAAAUGGGAUUAUUCAGACCCUCAACUGUACAUGAGUAUCGUGGAUGGAUUCACGACUGCUACCGUGGGUGUGCUGUUCCUGCGCAACAUACCCAAGCAAAUCAGCAAAUGGUCCGGGAAGGUAAAACGCACGAUGGAUCUGUUCGUUGGUAAUCUUAUCACGUUUAGAGCCCAGCUGAUGCUAGGAAACAAUUGGUCCCGGGCUGUGCUGCACACGUCCAACUUCCUGUACGUCAACUUCCGCAACAUGCAAAGCUUGCAAAAAGGUUUCCUAACCGUCGGGUUCUACUCGCUCAUUGUGUCGUUGAGGAUGUCAGGGGUAUCAGCCAGCGCCAUUCCCGAGUACACGGCGGCGGAGUCGGCUAUUAAUGCGCUUUUCACCACGGAACAAUUUUCCGAUUUCAUCGUCAAACCAUUGUCUCCUGCAACACCAAAGCUGAUGCUUCCUCGGCCACCGAAUUUGCUUCGUUCACUUCGCUUCCGAAUACGAUCGGAAGCGAUUCAGGUGGGCAAUGAUUCUGUUCGUCCUUCGGGUGAGAUGUACGCUUCAUCCGCAUCAUCUCUUGGAAGCCUAUUCGAUGCCGUUUUCAAGCUUUCAUUUGAAUGGUUAUUUACAACGAAUGUAGCUGACGAAAAAGUUACCCCCGAUUCUAGUAUAUCUACUGCGAAGAAGGCGCAACCUAAAAAUUCGUCCAGAUCUGCAUAUUCACUCAAAAAUUGUUACAAAAUAACAGACGAUCAACACCCGAAUGGCGUGGUCUCUUGUUACGGUCACAGCACAACCGUAACCAUAUUGCCAAAGCUUGAGCUUCAGUUAAGACACCCCGAAAUUGAAGGAAAAGAUCAUUACAAAUCUUGCGUACCUUUAACGCUCGAAGGACAUCCAUCAGUCUCCUGCGAUGGAGAAUGGUCCUCGUUAGUUUACACAGCAAAGGAAACGACACGAGUCUUUGAUUUUGUCGAUGGAUGGCUUCUUUUAGGGCAGGUUGCCCCAGCGGCCUACAGAGAGUUGAAACGUGGCAUCAAGUAUGUCUUUUCACGUCCUCAACCAUGCAAACAGGAAAUUGAUAGGGAAACCUUGAAAACCCAUUCGACCAUUUUGCAAUGCAAGUUGAACGAAUUGAAAUCUCAAACAAGCGCUUCCGAACAGCUAUGUUGGGCACGAUGGGCCAUUGAAGACCUUACCGAGGAGAUAAACGCUUACCUCACAAAGGGGUUAGGAUCGUUUCCGUUGUUGGAAGAGAGGUUAAACACGCUGCUAGUAGAGCUUCAUGAGGAACGUCUAGUUCAACAGAUGCCUGCACCAUAUCGAGAUUUUCACGAAAUCGACACAUCAUUGGGUUCUAUUCGAAAGCCGUACAACGAUUGGAGUUCAGUCCUUCAUCGGGAAAAUGGAGGUCUUCAAGCGAAUCAUCAUAUCCUGCUGUCUCACGGAUCAAGCAGUUCAGGCUUAUACGCGUUGCAUUAAGCAGGUUGUAGUAGAAUUUUGGACUGGGUUAGUUUUUCAUGUACUGUAUUUUUUUAUGUUAACCUACCGA